GGAAAUGAAGUCAAAAGGCAGAACAGAGAGGGAGAGGCAGUGAAGAAAUAAAGUUAAAACGGUCCUCAGUGUGCAUGUAAAGUCACAUCAGUUGUGUCUGACUUGUUACUCUAUGGAUGGUAGCUCUCCAAGUGCCUCUGUCCAUGGGAUUCUCCAGGCAAGAAUACCGGAGUGGGUUCCCAUUUCUUUCUUCAAGGGGAUUGAACCUGCAUCUCUUAAGUCUUACGCAUUGCCGGGUGUGUUCUUUACCACAAGUACCACCUGGGAAGCCCCACACAAAGGGUCUUAAGUCUUGCAAAACAUUUCAGGGAAGCGCCAGCCUUUGGAAAGGGGUGUGUUAAUCUCUUCUUUUUUUUUUUUUGGUAGUCAUUCACAGGUGCACUGGGUCAGGUUAUCUCAUUAUGAGCUGAACAAAGGAACUUCAGUUUAACAGUAGGCAGAGAGGCAGGGUCCUUUGAGGCAGGCCAUUAUGUAUGAUUAUAAUAACAAAGCAAUGAAAAACAAGUCAAAGAACCAGAACUGGGUCAAAAUUGGGUCUUUUCUGCAACACUGACUAUUGACCUUGGAUAUAAGCUUCCAGGCUUCCUGUCCUUCCAGAAGCCAGACUAUUUACCGAAAGAUUUCUUUUCUGGACUUCUAUUGAGUAAGUACUAAGCAGAACUGUCGUCUUGUCUCCAUCAAACCCAUACUACUUUUGCCUACAAAACACUGCUUAAAAUUCAUCUAUGCAGAAUCUUUAAUCCAUUAACAAAGAUUGGGUAAGCACUCGCUCAAGCUAUUGAAGAUACAGCAGUUGCAGCAGUGUACAUCUGGAACACUUGGCCGACUUGUUGAACUUCCCCCAGGGACUACUCCAGGGAGAGGAGGAGAGGGGUGGAGAGGCCAGAACAGUUGCCUGCAAAUAGAGAUGCCAGUACUGUGGACCAUGCUUGUAAAAAAAAUCCACCUUAUUCUGGACCUCAGUUUCCCCAUUUGCUUAUUGAAGGCACUUGUUCUCCACUCCAAACUCCUGUUGCAGUGAAAGAGGAAAACUACUCGGGCUGUGGAUUCUCUCCUACAGCACUUUCUACAGUGUAAAGGGAUCAAUACGUUGAAAUAAUAUACCAAGAAAUCUUAGGGACUGUUUUAUCUUGCAUGAGGCAGCGUCACUUCAGUCCCACCUGGCACAGAUGGGCUUCUUACGCUUAGACUGAGGCCCCAGACUCACUCCAGGAGUGGGACUGACUCAGUCCCACCCCAUUCUCACUCCCUUUGGCUCUCAGGCUCCUGGGUCUCCUUUUCUUUUGGCGGGCCAUUGAAUUGCAAACACAGCAGGCAUGGUUUCAUUCCAAACCCAGGACUGUUUUAAUUAGUUUAACGUCUGUUAAACGCUUUGAAGAUUGAAGGAAACAGAUAAGUACUGGAUGAUGUUAUUAACAACUGCAGUUAAUUGCAAACAUUUCUAUUAAUACUAGUUUCCGCCUCCUUUUCUUUGCUCUAGUUUCCUUCCAAGGUUCCCCAAUUCUUCUCAGCCUCCCUCGCCUCGCCUCCUCCUCUCCCCUCUCCCCCACAACCCCGAACUGGCGCUCAAGGGUUAAAUUGGGGCGGAGUCCAGGGAUGAACGACAGCCGCAGUCACCAACUGGAACAGGGCGAGCUAGAAGAGCUGGGUGGGGCCGCGGGACAGAGGCGAACCCACAUGCCCCCAGGCCCCGCCCCGCGGCUGGAGGCCCCGGGUGGAACUGUAGGGGGCGGAGCGGCGAGGCUUGGCGGGCCCGGUGGUUGGGCGUACCAGCACCCGCUUGAGGCACGGGGCGGGGUCGGCCGGGGCCUCCUCCCUCAUUCCCUCGGCGGGCCGAGCCGCCUGUCCCUCCCUCCCCUCCUCCUCUCUUUCCCACCCCUCGGAGAGGAGCUGCACAUGAGGCUGCUCCCUGCUGGGUCCCGCCCAGCCUCCGUCGCGCAGGAACGGGUCCCUGCAGCCCCCAGCCGAUGGCAGGACAGUAGCCGCCUGUCAGGGGUCGCGAAGGGCUGAGGCAGACGCGGCGGCUCCCGGGCCUCAGAGAGUGGGUGUCUCCGGAGGCCAUGGGCUACCCCGAGGUGGAGCGCAGGGAAUCCCUGCCCGCGGCAGCGCCUCGGGAACGCGGGAGCCAGGGCUGCGGCUGUCGCGGGGCCCCUGCCCGGGCGGGCGAAGGGAACAGCUGCCGGCUCUUUCUGGGUUUCUUUGGCCUCUCUCUGGCCCUCCACCUGCUGACGUUGUGCUGCUACCUAGAACUGCGCUCCGAGUUGCGGCGGGAACGGGGAGCUGAGUCCCGCUUCAGCGGCCCCGGUACCCCUGGCACCUCGGGCACCCUGAGCAGCCCCGAUGGCCUCGACCCCAACGGUCCCAUCACCCGCCACUUCGGGCAACGGUUUCCGCAGCAGCAGCCACUGGAACCGGGAGAAACUACGCUCCCCCCAGACUCCCAGGAUGGGCACCAGAUGGCCCUUGUGAAUUUCUUCAUCCCUAAAGAAAAGUCAUACUCUGAAGAGGAAACUAGGCGUGUUCGCCGCAAUAAAAGAAGCAAAAGCAGUGAAGGAGCAGAUGGUCCUGUUAAAAACAAGAAAAAGGGAAAGAAGGCAGGGCCUCCUGGACCCAAUGGCCCCCCAGGACCUCCAGGACCUCCAGGACCCCAAGGACCCCCAGGGAUUCCAGGGAUUCCUGGGAUUCCAGGAACAACUGUUAUGGGACCACCUGGCCCUCCAGGUCCUCCUGGUCCUCAAGGACCCCCUGGCCUCCAAGGACCUUCUGGUGCUGCUGAUAAAGCUGGAACUCGAGAAAACCAGCCAGCCGUGGUGCAUCUACAGGGCCAAGGGUCAGCGAUCCAAGUCAAGAAUGAUCUUUCAGGUGGAGUACUCAAUGACUGGUCUCGCAUCACCAUGAACCCCAAGGUGUUUAAACUACACCCCCGCAGCGGGGAGUUGGAGGUACUGGUGGACGGCACCUACUUCAUCUAUAGUCAGGUAGAAGUAUACUACAUCAACUUCACUGACUUUGCCAGCUAUGAGGUGGUGGUGGACGAGAAACCCUUCCUGCAGUGCACCCGCAGUAUUGAGACAGGCAAAACCAACUACAACACUUGUUAUACAGCAGGUGUCUGCCUCCUCAAAGCCCGGCAGAAGAUCGCCGUGAAGAUGGUGCACGCUGACAUCUCUAUCAACAUGAGCAAGCACACCACCUUCUUCGGGGCCAUCAGGCUGGGCGAGGCCCCUGCAUCCUAGAUCCCUCCAACCUCGUUUUGCCCCUGCCCAUGGCCCUACCCCAGGUUAGGGAGCUAGGACUCCCAGAACCUCUAAGCGCUGCUGUGGAAUGAGGUAUGUGGGUGUCACAGCCGCAGAGAAAAAUUUCCCAGUGCUAUUUAUUCCCCAGUAAUUCCAAGAUGACAAGGCCAACUUGACUUUCCAGAUUGACCUGGAGUGAACAGGACAGUUGAUGAAGCCCCAGGGUUGGCGUGAAGCAGAACCUUCCUCCUUGGCUCCCCAUUGACUGCUUCUAGCAUGACUACAACCUCAAGGUCCCUGGUGUCAUUCUGUUGCACUAAAGUGAGGGGCUUGGGCAGCAGGCGAGAAGUAGCAACAGUACAGCCCAAACUGUGGGGCAAGCCUUUGACCUCGAAAGGUGCGUGUGGGGUAGGAUGGUAACAUUGCAGCCUAAGGAAAGGGGCAAGGAGGGAAAUGCAGGUGCUUGUUACAGAAACCAGGGGAGAAGCCUGCCAGAUGGUCUUUCCACUCUCGCCCAUCCAUGUGCCAGCAGUUGGCAGGGCUUUGGGGAGAGGUUUGCUGUUCCUUGAAGCAGUUACAGGGCAUGGCCAUACACCUGCCUGUAUAAGAACCAGAGGCCAUGCUUGGGGCCAUGUGUCUUUCACUUUGUUUACAGCUGUGCUCCAAGCUCAGAAAACUGCCCGGGUGCCUGCACAAUUGUCCCUUUCCCAGCCUGGUGAGAACUCCCAUUUUUUUUCCUCGCCAGAGCCUACCUCUGUCUGAGACUGGUGCCUAUCCCGGGACCUGUGUUUGUGUGAGUCUGAGAUACUCUUUAGAUUACCUGGGCACAAAGGAAGUUAUCCAUGUAUUAAGCAGCACAAAGAUUCAUCUAGUCCGAGUUAUGUCUGGGGACAAAGAGUGGACUGGAUGACCUCCAAAAGUGCCUUCAAAUUCUAGUAUCUAGGCAGCUGCCAUGCUAGCCUACUAAAAUUCCCAAACCCUAGACUGACUCUGGGCAUCAGCAAGGCAGAGCUUUUUAUCAGACCCAGAAAGGGUAAGAGCCGGGGAUAGGACAGGAUUUUCUUCAAGUGUAUUGCAAUCCAAGUGGUCAUUAAUAGACCUUGUCUGAAAGGACAACAACUGAUGCCCUACUAAUCACAUACCACCCCCUUUCUUCUCUCUGGCUCCAGAAAACCACAGCACAGAAGAGUCACCAUAGAUUCCAGUGCUGCUUCCCUGAAUCCAGGCUCAAGAGGAGGCAGUGUCUAGGCAGUGGGCAGGCUUGCGCCCUCUAGUCAGGCCCAAAGACCUCUUUCCCCCACCCUUAAGCUUCCCAUCGAAUCAUGAUAGGAUCAUUCAAGGGUCUUAUUUCUAACUGUCUGGGGCCAGUCUGGGUGCUGGGUCUGUAGCUGAAAGCUGAGAGAGCCAGUCUUGUAGAAUCUGCUACUUUUACUCCUGGAACAAAUUUCCUUUUGCAGAGAAAGGGAAUAAGAUCCUUCAGGCAGCUGAAAUCCACCAAGAACAACAGGUACUCAUUUCCCUGCUGUGCCUUCAUUUUUUAAGAAACUAUGCUGCUUGGCCCUUCAAGGAUCAGAGCAAGAGGGAGUGAGCUACUCCCCCAUUAUCUGGUUGCUAAUGAUAGCCUUCCCACCCCAGAUGAGGCAAGCUUGAGGCAUGUUUGACCCCAGAUCCUAUAAAGUGCCUUAGACAGUCCUCAGUUAGCAGAAUCUGAUGAGAACCUCUCCUUAAAGUUUGUAUUUUCUCUAUCUCCAUUGAUAAUAUUACCAACCCUAUCAUUUAGACGAAGCUCAGAGGUUGAGUGCUUUGAGCAGGAUCUCAACCAACUUAAGUCAUACCUGGGGCUUUCAACCAGGUCUGACUGUGAAGCUCUUCUGUUCUUCCCCAGCAUUGUUUUGAAUUUGGAAUCCAAGAGAGAACCAAUCAAAAUGGUAAUAUGGACCCCAAAUCCUUGAGGGAUCUAGGGAGAAACGCAGAGAGGCUCAUUUUCGUUCCUUGAUGGUAAUGCCUUUUCUCUUGACUGCCAAGGGCUCUGGGACAAAAGAGUCGGCCAUUUCUUUGGGAAACUCCCAUCAGCCUUAGAGCUUUUGUAUUCAGAAGAAUCGUCUUGGUAGCGUGCCCAAGCAGCAGGCCUCCAGUACCCACAGAACAGAUACCCCUUGUGUUCUUUCAUCCAAUGAAAGAACCAACCAGUGAACCAACCACUGUGCAUGGGGCCCCUCCUGUGGACAAGGGCCUCCUCUGGUUACCCUUCAGACAAGUUACAGGAGCCGGUCACUUCCCACAGCUACAGAGUGACUUCUUAUCUCUUUCUGCCAUACCACAGAGACCUCUGUAUUACCAGGAUCUCUCAGGAAUGCAAAGAAAACCCAAGAGAGGUCUGGAUGAGACGAGGGAAGCAAAAGACUUCCUAAUUGUGCCACUAAAGGGCAUUCUGACACCAACCCUCUUCUCUAGGUAUGUAGGGGAUUAGAGGGAAAAUGGGAUUCACACAGGACUCUUAUUCGUUGUGACCCUUCAAAUACAGCUCUGGAGGGAGUAGGGUGAUGAGAGAAGCAAGAGGUAGCUGGGGAGCCCUGUUGCUGCAAAGUUAUUGAAGUCAUUUACUCUUAAGAGAAUGUGGAGCUAGAUUCACCCCUUGGAAUUACACCAACAUGGCUUUAGAAAUCUGAGGCUAGCACGGAGGAUGGGAUGAGGACAUUUGUGAGCAAGCGGAUGACAGAGGUUUGAAGGAGAAUUGCAUAGUGGGGACUUUGCCAGCUGCUCUGGCUCCAACAGCCAAAGCUGGCACAAAAGGCAGCUGUUGGGGACCCCCUUCAUCCAUCCUGAGCCAAAUCUCUUUUGAUGAGCAAUAAAGGGCUAGGAACCCUGAAGGUGAACAAAGAGUUUGAGCCAUGUGUGAAUACGUGUGUUUUAUGUAACUUCUGGUGGAUGCAAAUAGAUUCAGAGAAAUUAAGAACUCAAGAGGCCCUUAGAAGUAAUCUAGCCCAACCUACCUUCUACCCUACUCAUGUGGAAACUGAGGUCCAGAGAGGGAAGGUGACCUUCCUGAGGUGUGGGGGCCCCAACCUCCAGACUCAGCAAGGUGAGGAAGGCACAGUCCGUGUCCCACACAGCCCCCUUCUUUCUGCAACCCGCAGACUCAAGUCUGGAAGUGCUUGGCCCCCUUCCGGAGCCUGGUCAGGCAGGGAAUGCAUGGCCACAGCCUUUGUCAGAGUGCUUCCUUCCCCAGGGCGCUUCCCCCAGCUUCUGCCUCAGGAUGGAAGCCUCUGGACAGGCCCAACUGCAGGGAGUCCUGGCGCUACCUCAGGACUCCCCCUGCCUGAAGUCUAACCUAGGCCAUGUGAGCAAAAAAAAAGAACUGGAUUUUUUCCUUGUAAUCCAUUUUAGGGCUCUCUCCAAAUGGAGUUGGGAUAUGUCAUUUCUUUAGUCAGAAAGCUUCCAGCUAGGAUGGGGGAAGGGCUGCGUGGUGAGGGUGGCCUGGAGCAGGCCCGAUGCUGCUUUGGGGAUCAGCAUCCAGUGUGAGAUACUGUGUAUAUAAACUAUACAUAAUGUAUAUAAACCGGGAUGUAAGUUUGUGUAAAUUAAUGGUUUAUUCUUUGCAAAUAAAGCUUUUUCCCCUUGUUCUUAAAA